UGCAGCACCGCGCUUAGCAGCCCCUCGCAGAUCCAGCCCAGGCCCAGGCCACAAACAACCAACAAAAGUCAUCCCAAAAUGCGCGCGUGGAGCCGGGCUGACGGCUGGACGGCCCGCGGCUCUGUGGCUCCUCCGGACUGUUCAGAGGAGCUGCUUCUUUGAGUGCUCAAGCUGCUACCCUGCCGCUCUUCCCCUGUUUUACCCUGCACCUGUCGCCCCGCUGCCCGCCCCGCUGCCCGCCCCGCUGCCCGCCCCGCUGCCCGCCCCGCUGCUCUUUGCUGUUGUUAUGGCAACAGCUCUCAGAGAGGCAAAGUGGUACAGACAGACUUCCCUAAAAACAUUGGCCUCUGCCCCCUCAGCCCCAGUGAGCGCACAGGAGAGAAGAAUAUGAAUAUGCUUUUUACAGUGUCCCGCUCCUGGUGUUGAAGCAUGUUUAACCCACAGGGCCAUCUGAGGGGCCCGCCUGAGGAGGGGCCUCCAGACGAGCGCCAGCGCUUUCACUGUCAGGAGUGUGGCAAGCAAUACAACACACAGCUGGGCUUUAGGAGACACCUGGUGGCAGCACACAGCACUGCAGGGGCCCCUCUGUGUCCCCAGACCCCACCCUCUCUGCUGGAACAACUGGGCAGCCACACUGACCGGCCCCCUCCUACAGACGGUGCUGCUGUAGUCCCUGUCAGAGAGAGGAAGUACUCAUGUGAACGCUGCGACCGGCGCUUCUAUACCCGUAAAGACGUGCGGCGCCAUGCAGUGGUGCACACAGGCCGAAGGGACUUCCUGUGCCCACGCUGUGCCCAGCGCUUUGGCCGUAGAGACCACCUGACCCGCCACCUGAAGAAGAGCCAUGCCCAGGAGCCUGCCCUCAUGACCCCGCCCCCUGCAGCUUCUGUUACUCCUGUGGCUACGCCCACCCCUACCCAGUGUCCAGUCAAGGAGGAACCUUCGCCCAGGAACUGUGACAUGGGGCCCCUGCCUAAAGAGUCCCUGGACCCCUUCUGCAGGGACAUGUACAGUUCAUACCCCAUGCCCCCCCAUGGCCUCCCGCAGGGGGCGCUGCCCUCAGGAAUGGGCCGUCACGUGACCUCUCAGGCACCACCCCUGCCCCAGCCAGGCGGCCUACAGCAGUCCUACAGCAGCGUGGGCAGAUACCAGCACUCAUCUACCUCAUAUCCGCGGUCCGAUGUGGACAGCUUCCUGCUGGAGUUGCAGAGCGCCCCCCCUCCUCACCUCAACAGUGUGGGCCCCAGCUGCGCCUCGCCCCAGAGGGAGGGGCUGACUGAGGGUACAGAGCUGUCCUGUACCACUAACCUGCUGGGCUUCCUGCCAUUCGGCCUGCCCCCCUACAGUGCUCACAUGGGUAUGGGAGGGUUGGUCAUGAAUUAUCCCCCCACCAGCUCCUCGUCCCCCUCGUCCUCUGCUGGGCUCACCUCACAGGCCUCAGGGCCCUUCUUCCUGCAGCCCACUCAAACCCAAGUGCCCCCAGCGGCCGGAAGCCACAACCACAACCAGCUACCUCAGGCCUACGGGGGCUCCGGCCCCUCCAGCGCCCUACCUCACUACUACCAGGCCUUUCAGUGAGGCUGUCGCACACCUCCACACAACCAAACACCUCAGCAGUAUUACCUCAGUGUCUAGAGCAAUGCUUGAACAGAGACUUAGAGACUUACAGUGAAGGCACUUACCUCAGACAGCUCCUCGCCACGUCCCUGCCAUGCCCACUGUGAUGGCCGAGGCUGUCACAUUGUUGUUGGGAAUCAGUUGGUUUGCCCACAGACUGAAUAGGAUUCAAGUCACUAAUGAACUCUAUUUCCAGCUAAUUCUGCUAGUGUGACUCAGAAUUGUAGAUGAUGCACUUCCCUUUGGCCCUGUUGGCCCAACCUUGAGAAGGUCAAGAGGCCUAACCCAGACUCUCCCGUGAAAGUGACUGUUUGAGUGGCAGGCUGACUGGCAGCUGUGUGACAUGCUUCUUCAUAUGGACAUGGGACACAGUGGAUGUGUCAGCUGUGGAGCUGUAGUAUUUGAGCAGGCACUAGGGGGCAGCACACUCCACAGGAGUGGGGGGGCAGACCUCAGUGGUGCCUUAGGUGAGGGUUUGAUGCCUUAUGCCCCUUGUGCCUCAGUCAGGUUUAAGCACUUAACACUUGUUCUCUCUUUGCCGUUACUUUUUAUUAUUACUCUUUGAAUAUAGUUAUUUUUGCUAUUAGAUUGAAACUACAAGUGUAGGUUUGAAACAGAUUUUUCUAUAGCUACAGAAAUGUGUAGUCAUGUUUUCUACCUCUACCUCCAUGUCAUAUUUAAUCAGAUGAAUAGAUUUUGAACUAUGUAACAGUUGAGCAGUUUGACCAUGUUAGAUGACGCUCAAGUGUGUGUUGGACAUGUUUGUACCUUUGACUACCUCAGAAGAGAUAGCUGCUGUGAUGCUCUACCGUGGCCUGAGAGGGUGCUGUCUCAAAUACAGAGGACAUAAGCACAGCAGCUCCACCUGAGCCUCUUGUUUGUUGUACAUGGCUCCUUCUAGAACACAGCUCAUAGUAUUUGUACUCUCAAACUUAUGGUGUUGGAUUGGAAGUGAUCGACUAAAAGCCUUGGCGUCCUUAGCUCAGAUACUAACCGUAGUUUUCCCUGUGCAUAGACUGUAGUCUAGCGUAGCAUCAAGAGGUUCUUUCGUAGCUCCACAGGUUUGUAUUACGAUGAUUAGACUAGAACACAGAAAAGGGCAUUCAACAUCGUCUGAACUGAAAUAAACGCCUUUUGACAUCGG